CUACGGUAAAUUGGAGCCUCGGAGCGACGCAGUCAUGCAGGCCGACAACCUGCAGCAGCACCUGGACUAUGUAUCAAGUCAGGGACUAGUGCUGAGCCCCGAACAUAAAGCUGCACUUCAGGUCUCGCUGGAGCUUGUCCGCAGAAACUACAAGUUCCACCAGGUUUACUUCUGGGGCAAGGUGCUGGGCCUGAGCGCCGACUACUUCAUCAUACACGGUGUCGAUCUGAAUGAGCUUAAGAGCAGGAAAACCCUUUAUAGUUUUAACUGCAUGGACUGGAAGCUACUUCCCCCAGCCACAGAUGAAAUGAUAGUGAGAUCUAUGCUCAUUAAAGGUCGCUUCAUGGGUGACCCUUCUCAUGAAUACGAGAAAACAGUAGUUAAGAAGGUCAAUGAAGAACAGACUGAUCAGGACAUUGAUUUCAAGAUGAAGGAAGAAGAACGCUUGACAUCCACAAUUGAGCUAAUAAACAGAGAAGCUGCAAUCAUUCCCAGGGGUGCAUUUAUUAUGACUCCUCGAGGUGAGGUCCACAUGAACAGGAGCUUUGAAGGUUUAUCAGUGACUGAAGCCGGGAAGCUGAAGUCCUACCUUCACUUUACUAAACCAGCUGUGCUGAAGAAGAAGUCAUUGCUGUUGCAGGCCAAUUUGGAAGAGUCUAUUGAUUUUCUCAAUUCUCUUGAAGAUGACGAAUUAAAAGUGUUUUGGACUCUACAGUAUGAGAGAGGCAACAAGCUGGUCAUUCUCCAAAACCUCCUCUGGCCUGGCUUCAUUUUCUUCCACGUGCCGGAAACCACUCAGUUUGGCUACCUUUACAUGGGCCUGGGCGAGAAGAACAUGGAUUUUCCUUUCAUGAUAUGAUAGUC